CUUAGAGCGCGGCGUGGUCUGGGCCUUUCAGCGUCCUCACUAGGUCAGCUGCUCUGGUGGGUAGAAGAAAGCCGCUCCCAUUCCCGGAAGGAAGGUCUCCUACAAAAAGAGAGAGCACAAGGAGGCAGAGCUGCAGGCAGAGGCAGAGGGAGAAGCAGGCUCCCCGCUGAGCAAGGAGCCCAAUGCAGGGCUCGAUCUUAGGACCCUGGGAGAAUGACCCAAGCCCAAGGCAGACAACCGACUGAGCCACCCAGGCGCCCCUAAGCCAAUGUCUUUUUGAGAGGGUUUGGAAAUUAAUUCUUCAUAGAAUUACUAGGUCCAAUAUGUGGAAAUAAACGAAGACCAACCAAAUAAGAAAAUCAAAGGCUAUUUAUUCAAGGGGGUCAGCUGCAGACACUUGAGUUUUGGCAGAGACUCAAAGGCAGGCAGAGGAGUGGGGAAGCUUUAUAGUGGGGGAAGAGGGGAGGUUUCAGGAAUGUCCUGAUUCAACGGGAAAGCUGUAGUUGGGGUAACUAGGAGUAGGGACAUUCUGUGGGAUUGAUUAGGAGCGCGUAUUGGCUUUCUCUGGUUGGUCCUAAAUUGGAAGUGGCCACAAAAUCUGGGGAAGCUGAUAUUUAUUAAUCAAGUCCUGGCCAUCUGGGGCCAAUUGUUACAGGGGUUACUAGAGACAAUGGUCUUACCUCUGCAAGUCUGACUUAGAGCAGGCUGGCUUCCUGAGCUGUUUAUUACAGAUAGGGGGACUGGUUACCUGGGUUGGCUUCUUCAGGUUGUAGGUCACGGUUCUGUUUUGUUUUUGUUUUUACAUAAACUCUACGCUCAACGUAGGGUUUGAACUCACAACCCUGAGUUGCAUGCUCUGUGAGCUGAGCUACCCAGCAGCCCUCAGAGUUCUGUUUUUAUAUAUGGUCUGGCUACUGUUCGUAUAUUCAGUCUCUCAAAAAGAACACCCAGGAAUGCUAAAAUCUGAAUUAGAGGAAUCUUGCAGAAUCCUGGAGAGCUUUACAAGUAUAAAAGGAGCCUGUUUGCUACUAAUGUGCAGAUCUGCCAAUCAAUCUUACCUGGGAAGGAGGUCCCCUCACCAUGUGGCUGUCCGUGGCGGCCCUCGUGGGCCUGUACUACCUCCUGCGCUGGUACUGGGAGAGGCAGGUGGUGAGCCACCUCCAGGACAAGUACGUCUUCAUCACGGGCUGUGACUCGGGCUUCGGGAACCUGCUGGCCAGGCAGCUGGACCUGCGAGGCUUGAGGGUGCUGGCCGCGUGUCUGACGGAGGAGGGGGCCCAGCAGCUGAGAGACCAGACGUCAGACAGGCUGGAGACGGUGAUCCUGGACAUCACCAAGACAGAGAGCAUCUCUGUGGCCGCGCAGUGGGUGAAGGAGCGUGUGGGAGACAGAGGACUCUGGGGCCUGGUCAACAAUGCAGGCAUUUUUCACCCACAUUGCUACAGUGAGUGGCUGAAGAUGGAGGACUAUAUGGAUGUCCUCAAAGUGAACCUCAUUGGUUUGAUUGAGUUGACCUUGAGCAUGCUUCCCUUGGUGAGGAGAGCACGGGGGAGGAUUGUUAAUGUCUCCAGCAUUCUGGGAAGAAUUGCUUUCUUUGGAGGAGUCUACUGUAGCUCCAAGUAUGGAGUAGAAGCCUUUUCAGAUGUUCUCAGGCGUGAGCUUCAACAUUUUGGGGUGAAAAUCAGCAUAGUUGAACCUGGCUACUUCAGAACCGGAAUGACGGAAUCACAGCGGUGCUUAGAGAAACUAAAGCAAGCCUGGGAAGAAGUCCCUGUGCAUAUUAAGGAAGCCUAUGGACAGAAGUUUUUUGAUACCCAUUACGAUGGUGUUAAACAAGGGCUGUUGAAAUGUAGCACAAACCUGAACCUGGUCACUGACUGCAUGGAACAUGCUUUGACAUCUGUGCAUCCCCGCACUCGAUAUUCAGCUGGCUGGGACUCUCUGUUUUUCUUCAUUCCUCUAUCUUAUUUACCCACAUCACUGUCAGACUACAUAUUGACUAGAUCUUGGCCCAAACCAGCCCAGGCAGUCUAAAGAAAACUGGUGUGAUGGCUCUUGAAAUGAAGAAGACAGAAGUCUGAAAUUGAUAAUUAGUGUCUCAGUAAUCCUUAUUAGGAACUAACAUGUUUAUAUUCCAGAUAUCCAAAGCUUAUUCCUUGAGGUGAUGAAUUUUUACUAUUUUAAGCAUUUUUGAUGAGAAUAUUUCCAAAAUACAUCAUUCUUUGCCUAUGAAAAACAGAGUAGACUGAAAACAGUUCAACUUGUUUGGAUAUUAUUUCCUUAUGUAAAUGAAUAGUUCUGUGCUAUGAUACACUAUUGCUCGAGGACUAUUGAAAAAUAAAGGGCCUGUGUAUCCUUAUUUGUACUAUGGUACUUGUUUUUUUUGGUACUAUGGUAUUUUCAGUAAAUAUUUCAUUUUGCUUUCUUCUCUCUGUCAGCUAUUUUUGACGAUGUUUCUUCCUUGUUUAAAAAUAAAUGAUUUUUAAUUUUGUAAAUUAAAAUAAUAUACACACACAUAGUUAAAUGUUCAGUUAAUACUCAAAAGCUUAAAAAUAAAAAACAGCAGUUCCCCACCCUUCAUUGCUGCUCCUCAGAGGUAAAUGCUUUCAACUUUUAGCUAUUGCUUCCGAUAUUAACCUCUGUAUUUCUAAAUAAUAUACUGUUAUUUCUUGAUUUAUUAAGUUUAGACAUUCUCAGUUGAUUUCCCAUUAAGAAAAAUCCCGUUGAGGGGCGCCUGGGUGGCUCAGUCAUUAAGCGUCUGCCUUCGGCUCAGGUCAUGAUCCCAGGGUCCUGGGAUCAAGCCCCGCAUCGGGCUCCCUGCCCCGUGGGAAGCCUGCUUCCCCCUCUCCCACUCCCCCUGCUUGUGUUCCCUCUCUCGCUGUGUCUCUCUCUAUCAAAUAAAUAAAUAAAAUCUUUAAAAAAAAUCCUGUUGAUUUUCCUAUUAGUUUAUUUAUACCACUUUCCUGACCAUUUCCUGUAUCCCCGUAUUUUUAAUAA